CAGUUCUUCCAUGCAGGCUGUUCUCCCUGCUCGCCAAUCAUUCUACGAGUUUCCCCUCACUCUUUCUCUCUCCCUGUCUUCACAUGUGCACCGGACCCACAGCUUUCUCCUGAGCGGACACUGCAGGGAAAGAACCGACCGAAACCACCAUGGAAUAGGAAUACGACCCGGGAAACGGGGGAAAAUAAAACCUCUCUUAUCUUCUUCUCUCUUUUUUCCCCGUCUCUUUUUUUCUAGCGCCUUUUUCUGUCUUUUCGCAUCUUCCCCAUCUCCCUCGAUGUCUCUCAACAGUUUCUGAAGGGAUUGAAUUAAAGAAAAAUGAGGAUUAUAAUUUUUUCUUGGCACUUUCUCGGGGUGUAUUCCGCCCUUUGGGGGCUGGCGACAGGGGCUUUCCCCAGCUCAGUGCAGAUAGGUGGAUUGUUCAUUAGGAAUACUGAUCAGGAGUAUACAGCUUUUCGACUAGCUAUCUUCCUUCACAACACCAGCCCUAAUGCUACGGAAGCUCCCUUUAACCUGGUUCCACAUGUGGACAACAUAGAGACUGCCAACAGCUUUGCAGUCACCAAUGCAUUCUGUUCUCAGUAUUCAAGGGGGGUCUUCGCUAUCUUCGGCCUUUACGACAAGCGUUCAGUAAACACGCUGACAUCGUUUUGCGGAGCCCUGCACAUCAGCCUAGUGACACCCAGCUUCCCCACUGAAGGCGAGGGCCAGUUCACACUGCAGCUUCGGCCGUCCAUCAGAGGAGCUUUGCUGUCCCUGUUGGACCACUAUGACUGGAGCCGAUUCGUCUUCCUCUACGACACAGACAGAGGUUAUGCAAUACUGCAGGCAAUUAUGGAGCGAGCGGGGCAGAACGGAUGGCAGGUGAGUGCAAUCUGUGUGGAGAGUUUCAAUGAGGCGGCGUAUCGGAGACUCUUAGAGGACCUGGAUCGACGGCAGGAGAGAAAGUAUGUCAUUGACCUGGAGCCUGAGAGACUACAGAGCAUCCUGGAACAGGCCGUCAGUGUGGGGAAACAUGUCAAAGGUUACCAUUACAUCAUAGCAAACCUGGGUUUUAAGGACAUAUCUUUGGAAAGGUUCAUGCACGGCGGGGCCAAUGUGACCGGGUUCCAGUUAGUGGACUUCAGCAAGCCUAUUGUCAUAAAACUUAUGCAGCGCUGGAACAAACUCGAUCAGCGUGAAUACCCUGGAUCUGAAAGCCCACCUAAGUAUACCUCAUCUCUGACUUAUGAUGGUGUCCUUGUAAUGGCUGAAGCCUUCCGCACCCUUCGCCGUCAAAAAAUCGAUAUCAGUCGCCGUGGCAAUGCAGGUGACUGUCUGGCCAAUCCAGCUGCUCCCUGGAACCAAGGAAUAGAUAUGGAGCGUGCGCUCAAACAGGUGCGCAUUCAGGGCCUGACUGGGAAUAUUCAGUUUGAUCACUACGGUCGGAGGGUGAAUUACACGAUGGACGUGUUUGAACUCAAGAGCAAUGGCCCGCGCAAGAUUGGUUACUGGAACGACAUAGACAAACUUGUGUUGGUCCAGAAUGAAAAUGCUCUGUCCAAUGACAGCUCGGCCAUGGAGAACCGGACUGUUGUCGUGACAACUAUCAUGCCUCUGGUGAUGAGGAAACCUCUGCAGCGACACUGAUGCCGAGUCUGCAGACAAACCAACAGACAGAAAACACAGACCCUCGAAAAUGACUGAGAACAGACAGCCUGAUAGAGUUUCUCUAAAGCUCUUAAAGGACUUAUCUUUCUUUUCUUUUUUUUCUGUAUAACAUUUUUUUUAAUUAUUUGGUUCUGACAUCAUUUAUUUGCUUAGAUGAAGAUGGCUAAGAAAUAAUGGCACAGAGAAGAGACGAGAAGGAGGAUCAUGGCCCUGUGAGGUUUUGGGCCGACUUGCUCAUUGUGCUCCUGUCUUCCUCUCAUAACAAAGCUACCACCAGAUGAAAGCUCUGCAAUGGAUUCUGCAGCGUCUGUCAAGGUUUGACAUUUGGUCGCACAAAGUCACCGGACUGUGGAACAGCACUGUUAAUUUAGAUUCUUCUCUUUUUGAGGACAACACAGCUACCACCGUCCUCUCUGUUACACUGCCUGCAGAAGAAUUUGCCUUAAUCAGAUUUCGAUUUUAUUUUUUACUUGUGUCUUUUUUUUUAAAGAGAAGAUGUUGGUGGAGAGUGACAGGUCUUCACUGUCAGUCCCGUUUUUCAGCACUCACCUUUCUCUCCUCUGUCUUCAUCUUUCUGCUGUGUCACUCUGUAAAUCUAUUCAGUCAUGCCUACUCAGUCAACUUUCCUUAUUAUAUAUGUAUUUGAGCUCUUCUGAUAGGUUGUUUUUUUAUCUCUUCAUCAAAAUAAAAGGGUAAAGUAAACCUGUUCUCAUAGUUUUAGGUGACAUGUUGGGCAUUUGUAUGAGACAAUGCUAUUUUCCAUGUCUCUCUAUGUAUUUAAUCUUACUUCCACAGUGAUACUGUGAUCAUUUGUCUACUCUACAUGUAAAAGAAUAGCAUUUUUUAAAAACUAUCCCAGAAAAUACUCCAAAGCUGACCGUAUACGAAAAUGGAAAUAUUGCAAACAUCCUCAAGACCCAAAUGCUAAAGUAAACAUUAAUUAUAAACCCAAUUACACAACAUCUACAAAGCCUUCACAGAUCUCAGAACAAAGAUGAGGGCAGAUUGUUAGAUGUGUUGCCUACGGUCAUUAUUAAAGUGUCCUUAACUCUAUUCCAGAUACACCCAUGAGGACAUGACUGUGUCUUAUUUACGCCCCUGCUUUAUAAUCAUAGUAGUGCAGUAUAUCUGACUUUAUAUUAGUUAUAUUUUAACUUAAACAAUUCUAAUCUUAAAAGAAAGAAAAGAAAAAAGCUAAAAAAUAUUGUUAAUGAAAAAAUAAAACCAAAUCUUUAAUGAACCAAAAGGACUGCACACGGCUGGUUGGUUAGACUUAGUCUGCCUCGAUGUCUAAUUAGUUGUCUGACUGAUUCAUACGUUGACAGACAAACUGACUGACUGUUACUGAAGAACUGUUUAGAGGACUGGCAGUCUUUGUCUUCUGGUCAUUGGUUGACCAAUGACAUUGACAUUGGUUGGCUGCUCAAACAACCGUCUUAUUAACUUCUGAACUGCCCUGCUUUCUUUAUGGCUAAAUAGCUGGGAGUUAAUCGCGCUGACCAACUGGCUAAAUAUGUGACCGGAUAGAUGAUUAUGUACUGUGAUUGCAAUAAUUGCUUAAUAAAUGGACUGCCUGACCAACUAACUGACAAAGGCUGUGACUCACUGCCUGCCCUGCUUCUCUGGCCAUGUGAACGGAUAGCUCGCAGGCUGGUGAGAUGUCUCUUGAUAUGUAAAAAUCUGGCUUUUAAAAUGCUGUAAUCCAGUUGGGGGGUUGAGGGGGAGUGAAUGAAUGACUGGACAGUUAGGUUGACUGUCCAUUGCAUUGGGGUUCGUGUUCUCACCAGGCUAGCUAGCUGGCUUACAUAGCAAGUCAUUUCUGCCUUUUUGGCACCAGUGUGAAGUGUUUCAUGUCUUAUCAGCCCCAACCAUUUGCUUCUACAAAGCUGUUCUCCCUCUCUCACACACCCCUUUCCCUUCUUUGCUUGCUCCCUCGCUUCUUCUCCAUUUUUCUUUUUUGUCACAUUCUCUCUUUCUCUUAAUCUCUCCUUCACACUUUCCCUCUUGCCGUUUCUAUCGUCUAUUCUCCUUGUAGCGAUCGCUGUUUGUAUUCUGAUCUCCUCCCUCAUCUUUCUUCUGUAGUUUCUUACAGCCAAAACGCCCUGCGUCCCUCUCAUCCUGCUAGUCUCGUUCCCAUUACCAUCCUUCUUUCCUUUCAACCUCCUGAUUCUUAUUUCUUCCUCUCUUCUCCCCUCCCAUUCCUUGCACUAACUCAUGAUGCCACAUUAGGCAACACCCAAACAUGAUGCUUUCUUCCCAGCAGUAAAUACAUGCGCUAACAUCUUGUACACACACAAACUCACUCACUCACAGCAAGACAAAAGUGUCUGGAGCAAACUGAUAACAAACCUUAAGGAGGCAUUAAAGUGAUACACUGCCACUUUUGCCAGAGCUCCAGCUAAAAUGUGUAUGUCCGUACGUAUAGUAUAUCCUUUCGUGUGUAUCGGCUUACAUAAAACUAAAUUAACUCAGCAAAGCAGACUUGUCAGAUUUCAAGCAUUUGACCUUGUAAUUGAGAUGGCUGCAUUCUCCUUAAUACAAGCUGACUAAAUGAUUCCCGCUGAGAAUCAGUGAUUAUAGAUGAAGCAAACAAGCGCUCAAGGUUAUUUUUUAAGGGAAGGACCCGAUAAGGCGCUUCCAUUUCAGGGUCAGCAAAGAAAGUUGUUUGGACGUGGCAGGAUUGGAUUCACAGAAUUCACUAUAAAGCUGACAUUAAAAAAUAAAUAAAAUAAAUGAAUAUGCAUUAUAGGAUAUGUUCAUUUGCCAACUGCCAAGAGUUUGAUUUGGACAAUAAUGCUGCUCUCCAUUUGACACUACAGCAUGUGCACAAAUACUUGUGGAUAUGAUUUUAAGUUGAUUAUUACGUAAACCUUAAACCAAUUAUAUCAGAAACAAUCUCAAAUUCAAAUUAAGCUCCCAAAAUAGGAAUAGAGUGGUUUAUUCAAAAUGAAAAUGGGAAAUAGGUGUAGCAGUUUAUUGAAACAUGUGCAAAGAUACAUGGAAAUAGAGAUAAAUAAAUAAAUAAAUAGCUCGUUACAAUUCUAACAGGUUUGAAAGGUGUGACACCUUAAACGUUCAGCACAGUCUGAACUCUCUUAGCUGAACUUUCUUUAAGUUCAACUAAGAGUAUAGUUCUCCAAUCUUCUUGAAUGACAUUCAAAGCUCCUCUUUGAAUGUUGGCUGCCUUUUUGUUCUGUUCUCGUUCAAGGUUAUCCCGCACUGCUUCAAUAAUGUUGAGGUCCAGGCUCUGGGGAGGCUAAAUCCUGACUGAUAGUGUUCCACUGUGUGUGUGUGUUUUUUAUCAAGGUAUACCUUCACUGCAUUGGCAGUAUAGUUGGGAUCACUGUCAUGUUGAAACAUGAAAUCGUUGCCAAUCAGAUCCUUACCAGAUAGUACCUUUUUGUGUUCAUAAUUCAUUUUGAAAAGAUCCCCAACCCCACUAGCUGAAAAGCUGCUCUAAACCACGACAGUACCUCCACCGUGUUUUACGGAUGGAUGUAGAGAGCCACAGGAGAACUAUUGCUCAAGACCGCUUUAAAAAAUGACUAGAAAUUUGGCUCCUUGGAAACAAAACAUAUCCUAAUGAAAUGAGAUGUGGCUCAGGACUUUUUGCACUGUUGUACUGUUAUUUGGUAACUGUUUGGAAACCAAAUGUAAAAUGUGUGUGUGGGGGGGGGGCUGGAGUCAGCUGUCUUAAAGUAACAUUUAGCAACAUGGGACACCUAAUUUGUUUUUUCUGUUUGUUUGUUUUUUACAUGUAAAGAUUAAAAAUGAGGAGAAGUAUGUUGUAUUUUUCAGCUAAUCCCUUGGUUGCAUUCAUUCCAAUGGACAGUUGUGCUAAGCUAACGGUCUCAUGGCUGCAGCUUCAUAAUUAACUUAUUAGAGUGGUAUCAGUCUAGCUCUGAGCACAUAUAUGUUAAUGGAAGUUAUUAAGGUUAUGGGCUAAUGUAGGUAGUGCAACCACAUCAAUCAGAUUAUAAUAUUGCAUACAUCUGAGUUUCUUUAUUUUUUGUGUUUAUUUUAUAUAUAUAUAUAUAUUUGUACAAGUUGUCUGCAUUACAACUGGUUUCAGCGUUCAAAGCACUUGUACAGAUGAUUUCCUCACACACUCUCUUUCCUCCUACUUUUUAUCCCUGGUACGCAAUUGUGAUGGCUCUGUGCAUCUGUUUAAUUUACAUGAAACUGCUUUGCUUUUCACAUGAUUCAUGUAGAGUCUGUGGAAUUUGUGCCCCGGAAGCUGCUAAUGUAUCUGAUAAUGAUAUUUUUGGGAGAAAUGUUUUGGUUUUUUUGUGUGUGUGGUUUUUUUUCUUUGUAUGUUAUGAAACUGAGCACCAAAGGGCAAAUGUUUGUAUUUAAUGAUGAUGAUGAUGACGAUGAUUGUCUUGGUAGUGCAAAUGUUCAGCAUUAAUAUUCAACAUAAAUUAAGAACUGAUUUGAAUGCUUGGCUUCAAAAGAAACAGAUUUUCUUAAUAGCGUUUUACUGAAAAGUGGAGAAAUUUUUUUUUUUUUUGCAAAUAGAACCUCUAAAAUGUGUGUUUGUUUUUGAAUUGUCUAAAUGUUGUCUAAUGUUAUUUUCUAUGUUUUUUUUACCUUGUUUAUGUGGAAGAACAAAAAGGUGUGCACGUCCUAAACAAACUAAAAAAAAUGAUGAUGAACUCAUUUUAAAAAACUAUUUUAGAAAAAGAAGUGUUUACAGCUACCCUAGCAGCUUGUUCAGGUUGUGAACAUCCUUAAAAUAACAAUGAUAAUACUUUAUCUUGAUGGUGGUGACCAAAAUCCCAGACUCGAGUCUUCAGAAUGGUAAUCCUCAAUCCAGUGAGCAGUGUCAGGAUGUCCAGCAGAGGCGGUGGGGAAUGCUUUUAAUUUUCAAGAUAUCUACUCAUAAACCAAAUUAGGACUCAGAUAAUAUAAGAUAGAAAUUCUUCUGCAGUAUAAAUCAUCUUUACAUUUAGAUAAAUGCAAACUCAUUAAAUACCCCCACUGAGAAGAAUUUCUCAUUUUACGCCUCAGUCGUACACAAGUGCACAAGUGCACAAGUAAAUGGUUUCAUUUCAAGCUCUUUGUUUGCUGAAGAGAAUAAGGAUCAAUAUAUAAAUCCAACUUCCCUUUGAAGGAUUUGUUUGUAUUGCUCAGCUCCUGUUGUGAGAUUGUUUUAAUCUCUCUGCAUGCCUGCCUUUGAGCUAGACUUUUUCUUAAUGUAAUUCAAUUUCCCGGGUUGAAGAUUCUCCCAUUGAUUCCACCCAGAUCUUUGUUCUUUAUUGCUCACUUGACCCCUUUGAUUCAUGUCAGCAUAAAAAUUCUCCUUGAUUAAACUGUACUUGAUUUUGGUGUGAAUCAAUUUUGUGAAUGAAGAAUUCAAAUGUUAUCGUUUUGUAUGUGUUUUAUCGUCCGCAUUUACUGUUUCAUAGCUUGGGAACGUUGGGUAUUAUACCGGGCCUGUUUGAUUAAACAGAUGAGAUUAGUCUUUGAUUAAAACAGGUUUGAUAACAUUUUAAUAGGCUUUGUUUCAUGUGGAUUACAGGGUAAGCUGCCUCAGGCAUAAUACCAUUACUCACUGCUUCUGAUAGAUGCACUGUCACUCAAAAGUCUCUCUGCGUCUGUGUGCGUUUCUUUUCUCUGUGGAUAUCCUACGUGCAGCGAUGUAUUUGUGCUAUUCCUAAUACACCCACCACCUCACAUUAAACUCGCUCUUUUCGCUUUCAUCUUUGAUAACUGCAUGCACAGAAUUCAUUUCGCCUAAAAGCACCAGUCUCCUCUGCUUUUUCUUCUCCUUCUUUGUAUUUUUCUUCCCUCUCAUACAUUUCUCUCUUCUCAGCAUUAGUGUUGCACUAAGUCAGGUGAAGGUCCCUGUGGAGUCAUGUAGACGAAGGCAUAAAACACAGUGCUACAAGUCAGAAAAACAAGAUAUAAAACAUCACCUUGUAAAAACCAUCUGUAAUAUAUAGAUAUCUUCCCAUUUUACAAUUUUUUUAUCAAGUUCUGGCUUCUUUUUUUACUAACAAGGUGGUUUGUGUGUGAGAUUUUAUGUUACUACACAGUUACUAACACAUGAAUCUGAAUAUGUGAUGGUGGGUUAUAUGGCCAUGGUCUUGUAUGUACACUAAGAUAUCUUAGGGUGAUGUGUAUGUAGUUUAUAAAAUUCAGCUUUCAAAGGUU